UUUAGUAACCACGCCUACACAGUGGCUGCCAAGGCUUACCCAUGAGUUAAACCUCCUUUAGUUGGUAAUGAGGAAGGCGUGAGUUCUAGCAGUGGACACCCGAAGGCAGCAGUGGGUGAAAACAAGCAAAAUAAAGAAAAGUUUGGCUGUGAGAAGGUGCUAGACAGCCAGCCGUAGUGACAAGGAGGCAGGAAGCUACCACCACCAUCACCACCACAGGGAAGGUUGAGGUGUGCAGGUCGUCCUCUUGACCCCUCUACCACUUCAAACCAUCCCGCUGUGCUGCUGGCCUGGUGGUGGUGUUGCUGGUGGUGCUGCUGGUGGUGGUGCUGACUCCUGCAGAAGGCCAGUCAGUCACCCCAAUUCGAUGGUGUACAAUAUCUCCAGCUGAACAAAUGAAAUGCGAGGCGUUGGGAGAGGCACUGGAUAAGGUGCCGCCGCGCCCCAACAAGCCAUUACCGAGUCUGGACUGCAUUCAGGUAAUGAGCCAUGAAGAAUGUAUGUUACACCUGGACCAGAGGAAGGCUGACCUGGUGGCCUUGAACCCCAACGAAAUCUUCAUUGGAGGGCGGUACCAUUCCCUCGUGCCCCUCAUGAAGGAGUCUUACGAUGGGGGCCGCAAGAACUACUACUCCGUGGCGAUCACACACAAAGGCAACUUGACGCACAUGAGGAGCCUGCACGACCUGAAGGGGAAGGUCGCCUGCUUCCCCUCUGUGGCCUCGAUGGGGGGCUGGGUCAUCCCUAUUGCCAAUCUGAUCCACUCAGGCGCCAUGAAGGUGGUGGACUGCAACAACCACAUUAAAUCCGCCUCGGAGUUCUUCAGCGGAGGAUGUGCCGUCAAUAUUCUCACCGACAAGUAUAAUCCUCUUGGUGACAACAGCCAAGUCCUCUGCAGUGCGUGUGGUAGUGAGCUUCCCGGCCAGCAUUGCACCAAUCAGGAUAAGUAUGCAGGUCAUCUGGGAGCCUUCCAGUGCCUCAUCAAUAAUGGUCACAUCGCCUUUGUGAAGCACGCCACCGUCGCACGGUUUUUGAACAGGAGCGAGGGGAUGUAUAUAGAGGAGGACUUUGAGCUGGUGUGUGUGGACGGGACCCUGGCGCCGGUGAGAGAUUACGAGCGGUGCAACUGGGGUGUGGUGCCGUCCAAUGCUAUUGUGACCACCUCCGCCAAGUCCAGGGAGCAGCGUCGCCUUCUGCAGGAGUUCUUGAAGGAUAUUGUGAGUCUGUUUGGCACGAAGGAGGAGGGCGAUCCUGAUUCCUUUUACCUGUUUGAGUCGUCGCCGAAGUAUGGACAGAUUCAUGACUUGCUUCUGUCGGACGACACAGAGACACUGGUGGAGUUGGCAGCAAGUCAGCAAAGUUUUAAGAAGUACCUCACCACUGACAUCGUGAACCACAUCAACACCAUCCGCUCGUGUCCUGUUAAGCGGAUGAAAUUGUGCGUUACCUCGAUGGUGGAAUACGGGAAGUGCCUGCAGAUGACGACUGCCCUUCAUGCGCGCGACCUGAAGCCGGAGAUGGAGUGUUUAAGGGGAGAGAGCAACUUCGACUGCAUGGCUGCUAUUAAAAAGGGCGAGGCAGACAUUUCAGUAUUUGAAGCUGGCGACAUCUACAGUGCCGGGUUAAACUAUGAAUUAGUCCCCAUUUUGGCAGAGCAGUACAAUUUAGACACCUUGGAAUACUAUGUGGUGGCUGUGUCGAAGGAGGACGACCCGGACACUGAUGUUUUGUAUCUGAGAGGCCGCAUGACAUGUCACCCUGGGGUCAUGCACGGGGGCGGCUGGGUCAUACCGAUGGCCUACCUCAUAAAUAACGACCUGAUUCGGCAGUACCAGUGUAACUCGGUCCGUGCUGCUUCCGAGUACUUCCAGAAGGCUUGUGUACCAGGAGCCCUUAGUACUUACUACAGACAAGACACCACCCACUUGAACCUGUGUCAUCUCUGCAGGGGGUCCGGUCUUGGGUACUGUGCUAGGGACCACAGCGAGCCUUAUUAUGGCUUUACGGGAGCCUUCCGCUGUCUGGUGGAGGGAGGAGGGGACAUCGCCUUUGUGAAGCAUACCACUGUGAAGGAAAAUGUGGAUGGAAGGCGGAAGGAGUGGUGGGCCAGGAACCAACUCACGGCAGACUACCAGCUUGUGUGUCGUGAUGGCACCAGGGCACCUGUGACAGAUUACGAAAGCUGCAAUCUGGGGCGGGUGAGGUCAAACGCGGUUGUGACGAGAGGUGGUGAUGUGUACAACAAAACAGAGGUUCAGGCGUACACCAACCUCCUCCUCUACGCACAGCAGCACUUUGGCAGAGACUCGGAGGAUGAGUGGAAUUUCAACAUGUUUGGCUCCCAAGAACCAUAUGCCGACUUGAUCUUCCAGGACGCCACACAGCAGCUGGUUCCUCUCCCAAUUGAAGAACAGCACUACCAUCCCUACCUAGGACUUGAAUUUUUGAAUGCCCGGUAUGAGGUGGACUGCACUGCGGGAGCCCUGCCAGCCCUCCCCUGCCUGCCCCUGCUGCUGCUGACCCUGCUGACCACCACUACUGCUGCCAACCUGCUGUUCUGGAGAGCGUAACACCUUCCGCUUGUCUGUGUUUGUAUGUGUGUGUGUGUGUGUGUGUGUUUAAGCAAGUUUUAUUUUUUAUUUAUUUAUUUUUUUUUAUAAUUAGUUUAUUUCAACAUUCCUUCCUUCAUUCCGUCCAAACAGGAGAUUUUAAAAUAGAAACAGUAUUUUUUUGCAAAGGUAUUGUAAGAUUCUCAAAGUAUUCGGAUUUUAGAAAGAUUUUUAUAAGACUUGGGGCAAAUUUGACUGUGAGAGAGAGAGAGAGAGAGAGAGAGAGAGAGAGAGAAUUUGUUAGACUUCCCAUCGUUCCGUCCUCCUUUCCGUCCAAAUACAAUAUCAGUGCAAACAGAAACAUUAUUUUUUUAAAGAUUUAUUAUCAAUUCCACAAUUUUGCAUAUAUGAAAAUAGAAGCAAUAAUUUUUAGAAGGAUUUUCACGAGAUUUAAAAUACGUUUGUGUGUGUGUGUGUGUGUUUUGCAUUACAGUAUAUUUCUAAUCUAUCCAUCCAUCCAUCCGUCCAAAUAGAUUUAAAAUUGACAAUACAGAAAAUAUAUAUUUAGAAAAGAUUUGAAAACGUGUGUGUGUGUGUGUGUGUGUGUGUGUGUGUGUGUGUGUGUGUGUGUGUGUGUGUGCAUAAUAAUGGUGAUAAAGAAAUGGUUGUAUAUAUUGAAAAUGGAACUGAACAAGAAGAAGAAGAUGUACAUUUUAAUUAAGAGGCCAAAGACGCAAUUAAUUUACAUUUCCAAACAGAACCAAUGCCUCAGUUCGUGUACAGGCGAGAUCUUCACGAACUGCUUUUGCUUCUCUUAAAAUAUUUCUUUUGUACAUUAAAGGAAAGAUUUAUUAUUAUUAUUAUUAUUAUUAUUAUUAUUAUUAUUAUUAUUUUGUUUAUUUUUUGUUUCAUUAAAUGCUUGCUUUUCUUUAACGAGUAUAUCAAAGAAAACUGCAAAUUGUGUUUAUUUGUUUAUUUAUUUUUUUUUUGUUUGUUUACUUUUAGUUUUUUGGUUAUUUCUCGUACAUAAAGAAAAAAACUGCACGUUGAUUUUAUUUAUUUAUUUUUCACCUCCAUUUACGAAUGAGGUGUGUUUCUCGUAAUCAGUUCGUAAGUUGUCGGAAAAUAUUUAGAAUCUCGCUUCCAUAAAUCAGGCAUUUUAAUUGAAUACUUUGUCUAAAAAGAAAAAUACAACUUCAAAUAUUUUAAUGCACAUUUCUUGAUUUAUUGUCUGUUUACUAGAUUUAAUUUAUAUCUUUUUCCAUUGCAGUGACUUCAAGAUAUACAAACAUAAGUCUAUAUUGUAUUAUAAAAAGUUAACUCCUUCAGCACCAGCCACUUCUAUCUAAGCCUCACAAAAUCACAGUAUUAAUCAAAAAAAAAAAAAGAAAAUGUCAGUGGAGAACAAAAAAUGAUUUUUAACGCCCUCGGUACAACAAAAUUAUCUCUAGUUAAUAUAUUCUUGUGAUCCGGAAUGAAAGGGGUAAGGUUGCAGUGCUGAAAGGGUUGACUGGUGUAUAGUAUUGCUAAGUAUUAACAUGUUGUAGUGUUGAUGUUGCUCACAAGGCACCCAGGAUAAUAAGUACAGAACGGGAGGUUUAAAUCUCAAAAAGCAUCGUACAUUUUUUAAAAUUGUUGUACGUACUUUUUUUAAACUUUAUUUGAUUAAUUGAUUGUGUUGCUUUGAAGUGCAGUGUGAAAAUGCAACAUAAAGUAAUGUAAUUUGAAAUAGAAGAUAUAUGCAAAGAAAUAUUACGAAAAUACGAAAAGUGUGGUAUGGAAAAAGUCAUGUUUUAAGAAAUUGUUGUACCUUACCUACUUAAAAAUUUAUUUGACGGAUUGAUUACAUUGUUUGAAAGUGCAGUGUGAGAAAAUUAACCAUAUCCUUUUAAAGCAAUAGAACUUCAAAUGGAGAACCUACCCAAGAACAUUAUUGCAAGAAAAAAAUAAUAAAAAGAAAAAUGCGCCAUGAAAAGACACAUUGUACCUUUUAAAAAAUGAUCGUACCUAUUAAAAAAUUCUAAAUUAGAAUAAAUAUAUUGCGUAGAAGUGCAAUGUGAGGAAAUGCACCUUACCUUUCUUUUUUAAUUAAUAGAAUUUGAAAUAGAAAAUAUGAAAAAAAAUAUGAAAAUGGUACAAAAAUUCAAUGCGCCUUAAGAAAACAACAUCGUACCUUUAAAAAAAAAUUGUACCAGUUUGAAGUUUUAUAAUUGAAUUAAUUAUAUUGUUUAGAAGUGCAGUGUGAGAAAGUACACCAUAUAUUCUAACCCAAUUAACCAAUAGAGUAUAAAAUAAAGAAGAUAUUGCACAAAACUUUAAAAAAUGCGCCACGGGGAAACAUCGUACUUUUUUUUUAAGACUAUCGAACGCUGAACUCGUAGGCGUUAUAAAAUACUAUAUAUUUUACUGAUUGUUAUACUCUUAGUUCACACAGUGCCUUGAGAAAUGUUAAUGGAUGUUGUUAAUUGUUAUUGUUCAACCAAAUAAGGUCACAUCAAUAUAUAGUGUAGAUAAUUAGUAAUGAUUUUGAUUUUCUUAAUAUAUUUUUUAACCAUAACUUACAGAAUAAAAUUAAAAGAAAAAAAAUUACAGAUAGAGAAAUGAAUAUAGCAGCAAGAUUGUAAGAUUAAGCAACAGUAUUUUUCAUAAUAGAUCUUACGGUUAUUGAAAGCACUUGAGUGAAAGAAAAUAUAUAUAUAUAUAAGUUUACGUUCUUUUUCGUGUGAAUGAAAGAAUAUGUAACAAGGAAAUAAGAAUUAAUUUGAUAUAACUUUUUUUUUGCGAAUAAAGUGUCUGUACUUAUUGAAA